AUGUCCUACAAAGUACAGAAGACUGCAGAGCCCAUUCAGCCUGUGAUGUCCCCCUACCUGCGCAAGCUCACCUGGCAGCAGUCCAGAUCUCCUCGUGUCUCUGUAUCUGGGGGUUUCUGUCCCCUCUUCGCUGCCAAGCUGGAUUUUCUGCAGGUGAAGCAUCUGAAGAGGAAGAGGAAGAGCAACUACAGUGUGAGAGAAACACAGACGCUCAUUAGGGAGAUCCACAAGAGGAGGGACGUGUUGUUCUCCAGACAGCAGAACACAGCCAUUAAUGAGCUGAAGAGACAGGCAUGGGAGGAAGUGGCACGAGGUGUUAAUUCGCUGGGGGAGGGAGAACUACGCACUGCUGCUGAGGUGAAGCGUCGUUACCUGGACUGGCGUGCACUGAUGAAGAGAAAACAGCUUCAGGCUGAGCUCUCUCUAUCCUCCUCCUCGUCCUCGUCUGUGGCCCUGAAGACUGAGUAUGAUCAGUCCUCCCCUGAGCAUGAAGCAACUUCUCUGGGAUCCGGAUGUGACCAGCUGCUCGACCUCUCAGGCCUCCCAAAGGACUGUCACUGCGACUGGCCAGAGCUGGCAGCUCUUAGUGAGCCGACUGGGCAGGCCAUGAUGGCACCGCCGGGUGUGAAGAUGGAGGAUGACGUCAGUGAAUACAGACUGGAUGGUGAUGGCGAUGUGGGUGAUGGAGAAAUAGAUGAAGAUGAUAUCCCCUCCCUCCUUAGUGACAUUGAGUCACGUGGCGAGGGGCACGUUGCUGAUGUUUAUUCUCACGACGACUUAGGCAUGCUCAGCUCCUCCAAGGCUCCGACCUCCACCUUCACCAGAGACCUGUCACUCUCUGGAGGCCUGAUGGGGAUGCCAGGCCAUGCACUGGGUGGACUGACUAAUCAUGAAAACAUGGGAGCGGGGUUUCUGGUUGCUGUUGAGAAACAGCGGCUGGAGCUGGAAAAACAGCGCCUGGCUGUGGAAACUGAACGCCUGGCGGUGGAGAAAGAGCGUCUGGUGGUGGAGAAGGAGCGGCUUCGUCAGAUGGAUGUCGAGAGGGAAAGACUGCAGCUGGACAGAGAGAGGCUACAAGUGGAGAGGGAGAGGCUGAGGCUUUCACUCCUCAGCCAAUCAGAACACGUCGACUCCUCUUUUAACCUGCCGCCACAACAAGGCCCUCCUUCCUCCUCCACGUCCUCUUUAUCCUCCACUCAUGAUGGACAGAGGAGAGAGAAGGAAAGUAAAGGAUGGAUGUCAGUGGUGGAUCUGGAGGCAGAACGGCUAAAACUAGAGAAGGAGAGACUGCAGCUGGAGAAAGAGAGACUGCAGUUCUUCAAAUUUGAGGCCGGCAGACUGCAGAUUGAGAGAGAACGCCUCCAGGUGGAGAAAGAGAGAAUGCAGAUGCACCAGGGCCACUGAGAAAACAACUCAUAAGAUAGAGAGAAAGAGGACAGUUGAAGGUGAUAAAUACAUUCAAUUUUCACCAGCUUCUAGGGUGCUUUUAAUAAUGAAAACAACCUUGAAUAUGUGGAUUUACAUCAGCAGCUGCUGCCUUAUCAAAUUUCCACACACGUCCUUUCAGGAAGGUGUGAGACACUUUAAUGAUCACUGGGAUUCGGCCAAGGAGAAGACUGAAAUGGAAGACUGGCAUAUUUAUGACCAUCAUGAUAAAGCAGUGCCUUAUGAUGUCUUCAUAAAAAUGGGCGGCAGCCAGAAAAAAGAAUCUAGGAUUUGUUUAGCACAUGCAGCUGGUUAGUCCUGAGCAUAUCUGAUUUAUAAAAUGUGAAGUUUUAACAGCUGUUCGGGGCCUCAUCCAAAUACACUAAUGCACAAAACGUGCAGUAAAUGCAACAGAUUCAUACUGGUGUAGAAAUGUGGAAAGAAAAAAUGAAAUGGUUCUGCACUCAUACACCAAAUCAGUGCCAACUAAUCUACUGCAUGGGUGCUUCUAAAAUGUGUCGGAAGCUAAAUUAUAGUUUCCAACACUGAAAAAAAAAACAAAAGCACAAAACCUUUACUUGUACAAAGAUACUUUUAUGUUAUCUAAGUUUUGCUGUGCUUGUGCUGAAAUAUCUUUUAUAUGGUUUAUAUGGUAAUGCGUAUGACUUGAUACAUUUGUCCCUUUCCGUCCUCUUUGACACGUCACGGCAGGAAAAGCAAUGGUGUUUGUAAUGACAUAAACGAUGGCUAAGUUCUAUUCACAUGUCCAAGUGAGUCAUGACAGUGCAACAGCGAGGCAGCCGUCAUUUAUUUUAUUAUUUUCACCUGCACAAGCCAAAAUGUAAUAAUAAAGGUGAAAUAUUAUAGUUUAAACAAUACCACGUAGUCAGUAUUUUGCGACAUGGGAAAAUGUCUUCUGUGAGAUAAGAGCUAUUAAGUUUUGAUGUUUUUGCCAUUAGGAUCUUAGAAAAGAGCCUGAACAUCUGUGAUGAGCAGCUACUGGAGGAUUGGUAUGCAUGCUGGAAAAUAAAAAUAUUCCUUUGAUAUCUCUUUUCUUCAACAUAUACUUUACGUUGUUUUAGAAAUAUACUGUGAAGUGUUACUGGUUAAAACCUAUUCUGCGACUGUGUACUGAAGGUUAUGUCAUCCAGCAAAAUUACACAUAUCAAACACAAAUACUGUAUGCUUUUUAAAUGUUAACACCAGUUUGUCUCUUUGAAUAACUUUAUAACAGGCCACAAGACUUAUUUUAUUAUUUUCUUGUAUUAUAAUUCUGCCCUUGAUAAGUAUAUAUAUGUAUUUCUACAUACUGCUUUCAUACUCAGUCCACGUACUUCCAUGGUAAUAAAUUUGUAAAUAAAGUUU